ACUGGCUGUUGAUUGAUUCCUGAAUAUUGCGUCUCGAGCUGUAAAUUUCAUAACCAUAACUGUUAGCCUGCCCUUCUCCGGUGUGUGUUUUGUAGACAAAACUACGCGUGUAAUGAAUGCAUUUAAAAUGUUUCGUUUUCCUUCAUAAUAUGGAAAGACUAAACCUUAUGAAUACAUAUACUUUCGAUUUUGUUGACAAACGCUAAGUGUCCUUCCACUAGGAUAGCGUGACAUUGGAACAAGUUCCCAACAGAUUUUGUUGUCACUCACCCUUUUCACAAUGACUGAACAGGAGGGAGAAGGAUGGGGAGGCAUGAACCUCUCUCCUCACCUGCACACGGACGAGUGCAACGUGCUGAUAGCUCGGCUAAGGCAGUGUCACACGGAGCACAGUUUCCUGAAGUUCCUUGGCACGUGCAACGACAUGGACCGGGCAAUGCGUCACUGCCUUCAUAAAGAGAGGCUGGAAAAGCGAGAGCGCAGCAAGCAGCAUGCACUGGAGAUGAAGAGGAAACUGAAAGAAGCUUCUAAGGAGCGUGUCUGAAGGACAUUUUACUUUGAGACUCGGUCAAAGUGCUGCAAGAUGAAAAGUAUUCAGAUACAGCAGCAUUGGAGCGGAGCUGUUGAAGUGCCUCCCUUUCUGUUUUUGUGUCAA